AUGAUUCUGGAUGAGGACAUCAAUGGAUUCAAGGCGCGGCGGGGAGAGAAACGCAGCGGAGGCGGAAGGAAGAAGGGAAAGAAAAACAAACAUGCGGCAGUCAUCACAGUAUGGGAACCCAACGAAGCGUAUGAUCCAAUGCGACCGAACGACUACAACGAAUACAAAGUCUACAAGCGUAGGGAGCACGAAGAGCGCCGUGAACGCAUGCUUGUUGAGAGGCAGCGUGUGGAGGAGCGCAAGAGAUACCGUAGCAGUAGCUAUUCCGACAGUUACGGCAGUGAAUCUGAAGAGGAACGCCCUCGCAAAGCCGGUCGGUAUGACGACCAUGAGGAAGAGGACUAUGACCGACCCCGCGGGCUUGGUAGUGUGGCACCAUCCAAUCCACCGCCGGCCCUUGUGGGCGUUAACCUCACCGGCGACGAGGCUUAUCAGCGCCGUCUUGCCAUGUCAGCUGGCUUCCGACCCGCAUCUUCUCCAGUCCCUGUUGCAGCGCCAGCCCCGCACGUUGCACCGACUCCGACGUCCGCAGACAGGCGAUCUCCUUCGUCUGUUACACCUCGUCUCCCGACAGAGGCCACAACUCCUACCCUGUCGGAGGAUAGGGAUGAUGAAGACAUUCCUGGCCUCGGUGGUUCUGGUUCUGUUAAUGCCGCGGCACUGCCUGCAACCGCACUCUCAGCAGCAGAGACUGGGGAGGAAGCAUAUCUGCGGCGUGUCGCCAUGUCUCAGCCCCAUCCAGCACCCAGUGCGCCUAUACAUCAGGAUCCUGAAGAACAUCCGCUGGCGUACAAUCCUUUUGUCCCUCCAUCUUCCGCGCCUCCGCCCCCGGCACCUAUGCCGGUGCUUCCUGCAGGCUUCUCGGAAGAGAAGGUGCGCAGCAGUCGGGAGGCUGCAGCGGCUAUCGCGGCAAAAUUGAAAGCACUCGCACCUCCACCUGGGACAUCUGAACCAUCUGCACCUUCUGCUGGCAGCGUGACAGAAUCAGAACCCGCAUCUGAACAGAGACCGGAUCCGCAUGGGUUCGCCGCCCGCCUAAUGGCUAAGUGGGGCCAUAAGGAAGGUCAAGGUCUAGGUGCAGAUGGAGGCGGCAUUGUGCAUGCGCUCACCGUAGAGCAAGUUACUGGAGGGAAAGGCAAGGGCAAAGGCAAAGGCAAGGAGGCCGGUGGUAAGGCGAUAGGAUCUGGGCCCAAGAUGGGCAAGAUUGUCAACUUGAAUGAGGAUGCAAAGACCAGAGAAGACCGGGAGCGCUUUGGAGAGCCCAGUCGAGUUGUUGUACUCACGAACAUGGUUGGUCUUGAGGAUGUGGAAGACGAAGAGCUCAGAGAUGAGAUAGGUGAAGAAUGUUCGAAGAAUGGCACUGUCGAGCGAGUCGUCGUUCAUCCUGUCUACCCGCCUCCUGAGAACCCCGAAGAAGCUGUCCGCAUUUUCGUUUUGUUCGCAGGACCUGCUGGAGCUUGGAAGACGGUGAGAGAAUUGGAUGGGAGGUACUUCGGAGGUCGAAGUGUGCGAGCGCGCUACUUCCCUGAAGCUCAGUUCAACAAGUUUGCCUUUGAUAUACCAUUGUGA